GAAAUAAACGAAAUUAAACUAAACUAAAAAUUAAUUUGAAAUUAAACUUUUUGUUUUGUAGACUGUGAGUGCGCAACAGUGACUUUGCUGUUUCAGAUUAUGGUUUUUCCUCACAGGACAAACAGUACUAAGAAGAGAAAAAGCAGAAACAAAACAAAAAUAAAAAAAAUUGAGGAAUCUUAAGGUAGGCGUGACAGCCAAAACAAAACCAAUCCAAAAUGUUGAUUACGCUCUGUUUGGGUUUCAAUUCUCGUCGAUUUCAUCCAAGGGACUCUAAUUGCGGCGGUCAAGUUUUACUCAAAUGAUUUGACUUCUCCCUCUAACUAGAUCAGUACACUCAGAUAACUUCCUGGGUCAAUGGGAAUUCAGAAGAUUGGCCAUCAGAAGUUGAGAAAUAGUAGAAAAAAUUCUUUGUUUAACGGCAAGGACGGAGUAGCAAAAGAUAUCCCUCCUUUGUUGGCAGAUAACGGAGAUGAUUCUGAUGAUUGUGAACUUGCUGAUUUGCACUGUGAGCAUGGCAUGGUGCAAGGUCAGAUAUGCAGCAUACCAUUUGAACUUUAUGAUCUGCCAGAUUUGAGGGAGAUAUUAUCUUUAGACACGUGGAAUUCUUGUUUAACAGAGGAAGAAAGGUUCUACCUGUCAGCUUACCUUCCGGAUAUGGACCGGCAGACUUUUUGUUUGACAAUGAAGGAGCUUUUUGAAGGCAAUGAUCUAUUUUUUGGCAAUCCCUUGGAUAUUUUCUUCCAGAGAUUGAGAGGCGGAUUAUAUCCUCCAAAACUGGCUCAGCUAAGAGAAGGUUUGCAGUUUCUUGAACGGAGAAAGUAUUAUUAUUCCUUAAAAUCUUAUCAUGUCAGGAUGACGCAAAUGUUCACAGACAUGAGAGGGUUAUGGGAUCAGUUGGAGUUGAACUCUGGUGUUGCGGAAAGGAUCUCUUUGUGGAACAAAAGGAGAAAACAGAAAGCUAUCCAUUUGCUUGAUCUUAAUAAAUUUCCCAAGGAUGAUCAGCCAUUGUGUGAGGAUGUUGGAUUGAACAUAAAGGGUAUGAAAUCAACGGAAAGCAACAGAGUAAAGGAGAAUUUUCCAUUUCUAUCUGCCAAUGGAAAGAAAUCUACUACUCCGAACUUCAGAGGAAAGGGAAUUUUAAAGAUAAAAACACCCGGAAAUGGCUUAUUGCCAAACAGCAAUCCGAAAGUACUUGGCAGUAACAUUUUAGAGCAAUUCCGACCUGUACCUAAGGGAGUGUUGAAAGUGGUACCUAAAGUUCCUUCUGUCUGGUUGGAACAAUCAGAAAUGGUUACAAGAGGAGCUCAGCCAACAUUUCCAGUAAGAACCCAAGGUUUAUUGGAUUUGAAGUUGUCUUCAUUGCCAGCAUAUUUGCAGUUUCCAGAUGUAGCUAGCCUCUCUGAAUUGCCAUUUCUGCAGCAGAACAGCGGCAGACUUAAUUUGAUUCCCAACCAACAACCUCAUUGUUUCCUGAAUCAGGAGGGAAGUAGUAUGAGAAGCAAACAUAGAUCAGAAAGCUCGACCGGAAAAGUAGAAGGGCGUAUGAUUUUUCCUUCAGAUGACGUUACUGGUUUAGCACAACAUAAAUUGUUUGCGGGUAAUGAGAGAAAGGAUCUUAAUGAGCUGUCAAUUGAUUCAAAAAAAACUGCAAGAAGGCAUGCAUUUCCUGUUGAAAAUGUCUGGCCAAAUUUGCGUAAAGGAAUCGAUCACUUGGAAGGCUUCCCAUUUGAUAUUCAUAAUUACAGUGUAGAACGAAAUAUGGCCCUCAUGAAAGAAAAGAAUGUCAUUGUCAAUCCAAGAAUUCCACAAGCAGUUCAAAGAAGUUCGUGCUCAUUGCGUGAUAAUGGUAAACAUGAUAUGUUGAUGUUAUUUUCUUCAAAUCCAGUGCAAUCUGAGAGUGAGACUAGUGCCAAGAGACCCAAAUUGAGUGUUUCAGAGAGGUUCAAAGACGAAGCUGUGCUUCCUUUGACAUACAAGCGAAGAAAGGGUUUAGGCAAGGUUAACUCAUCGGACACUGGCAAGAAUCUGAUAGCAGGAGCUGAUCUGAACUGUAAUAAUCAGCAGUUUAUUGGGGAGGGUGCAAAAGCAGUGAAAAUGAAACUUACAAGGUGGAAAGAUUUGCCUAUCAACAAGGAAUCCUGAACAACACACCACAUCGAGUAAAGUAAUGUAGGUAUUUUUACCGGCGUCAAGUCUUAUUAUAUAGUUUUCAUAUCAAUCUGUAUUAUAUGCUUAUGAAAUGUGUAAAUGAAAGUAUACUCCCAUCUCGAGGGUAAUUAAAUUGGCGCCUAUAUAUCCAAGUAAGUGUGUGCUCAUUAUCUA